UGCUGCCCGCCAUGUGGUGCUUGUUGUGUGCCCUCGAUGCCCAGAUGUGUGAUGCUGGCAGGCUAUGCUGGCAUGUGCCCCUCUGACCAGCCUGCUCUGUUUUCUUGUGCCCUACCCCACACAUUCAUCUGGAUCCCUCCUAUUUCUGCAGCUGGUGAGUGA